AUGGAUGUCAGCCAAUGCGACUGUCCGGCCAAAUUUCCACCAGACCCAAAGAAUCUAACCUGCCUAACAAGCCCUCAGACCUGCUACCAGGCCUGCGGCAAUCCCCCGAUAAGGAUCCAAUCCCGAGCCCAACUUACAACCUGCAACUCAGGUUGCGUCUCCUCAAAUAGCGAUUGUAACGGCUGCUAUAUCUGGUUCCACAGUCUGUGUGGGUGCAUCCGGGAUCUACAAAGUCCAAAUCCAAAGGCAAACUGUAUCCCCGAUAAAAAGAUCACUCCAGGAAAAGCAAGUCCCCCAGUAUGGAUGGUCACUAGCCGGGGUGAUCUGAUCACAACUACCCAGCUCUUGCCGGGAAUCCUUCAACUACAUACAGCCCCAGAUGCAGACGGCGGGUUCCAACUUGGGCAGAAAACUCUCCGCAGUGGACAUCCCGAGCAAGAAUACAACCGAGCAAACGGAACGCUGGCCAUCAAUAGCGCGUUGACCCGUUCGGAAGAACAGAUCCAUAUCCACCUGUGCCAGAAUCCUGCCAGUUCGACUAGAGACUUACUUUCUGGCUUGAAUCGCUCCGAUUAUAAGGUGCUGAAAUGGGUUCAGUUUCCGCCAGGGUUCAAGUCGGGCUCCGCCAUGUAUUGUCGUGUGUCGCCUAGCCCGGGCGGCGAAGUGGAUGUUGCAACCGAUAUUCUUCGGGUACUUCAAACCACCAUGGCAUGCGACAUUUAUAAUGUAGGUGGAGGGGUUGUUACUGAUAGACAUGAUUACUCCUGGAGUUGUGUUACCUCUGGCUCUAGGUCCGCGGAGGAGAUUUUCUGUCACACUUGA